AUGUCUCACCAGAAAAAGCAGCCCACCCCCAUGCCCCCAGUGGGCUGCGGGAAGACCUCCGGCGGGGGCGGCGGGGGCGGCGGAGGCGGCGGAGGCUCCAGCUGCGGAGGCUACUCAGGAGGCGGCGGAGGCUCCAGCUGCGGGGGCUACUCCGGCGGCGGCGGCUGCGGCGGUUCCAGCGGGAGUGUGAAGUACUCCGGGGGUGGUGGCAGCUGCGGGGGCGGCGGAGGCUCCAGCUGCGGAGGCUACUCCGGGGGCGGCGGAGGCUCCAGCUGCGGAGGCUACUCAGGAGGCGGCGGAGGCUCCAGCUGCGGGGGCUACUCCGGCGGUGGCGGAGGCUCCAGCUGCGGAGGCUACUCCGGCGGCGGCGGCGGCGGCUCCAGCGGGAGUGUGAAGUACUCCGGGGGUGGUGGCAGCUGCGGGGGCGGCGGAGGCUCCAGCUGCGGAGGCUACUCCGGGGGCGGCGGAGGCUCCAGCUGCGGAGGCUACUCCGGGGGCGGUGGAGGCUCCAGCUGCGGAGGCGGCGGAGGCUCCAGCUGCGGGGGUUACUCCGGGGGCGGGGGAGGCUCCGGGCAGCAGGUUCAGUGCCAGAGUUAUGGAAGCAUCUCUAGCGGCGGCUGCGGCGGGGGCUCCCCCGGCUGCGGGAGCGGCGGGGGCUCCUCCGGCUGCGGGAGCGGCGGGGGCUCCUCCGCCUGCGGGGGAGCUGGCUACUUCUCCUCGCAGCAGACCACCCAGACCUCCUGCAUGCCGCAGCAGAGCUACGGAGGGGGGUCUUCCUGCGCUGGGGGCGGCGGCUCCUCUGGAGGCGGCGGCAGCUGCUUCUCCAGUGGUGGGGGGUCGUCCUGCGCUGGGGGCGGCGGCUCCUCCGGGGGCGGCGGCGGCUGCUUCUCCAGUGGUGGGGGGUCGUCCUGCGGUGGGGGCGGCGGCUCCUCCGGGGGCGGCGGCGGCGGCAGCUCCGGUGGGGGCUCCGGAGGUGGCAAGGGCGUCCCGAUCUGCCACCAGACCCAGCAGAAGCAGGCGCCUACUUGGCCAAGCAAAUAA